AUGGCUAAAGGCACCAAGAUGGUUGGAAUCCUCCGUAAACACGGGACCCAUUACUGUGCCUCUCUCAGGAAAAUGGUGAAGAAGACUGAGACAGGCCAGCAGGCCAAGUCCACGUGCUCCUCCUGUGGCAAAACCAAGAUGAGAAGACAAGCUGCGGGGAUCUGGCAUCGCGGUGCCUGCGUGAGAACGGCAGCCAAGGAUGCCUGGAGCCACACGGCCACUUCUGCCAUCACAGUAGAGUCUGCCAUCAGACUGAAGGAGGUGAAAGACCAGUAG